UUUAUCAGAGAACGCUUCAAUCAGAUAAUAUCUGAAAUUAAUUGAGAGUUGAAUUCUGUAUCGAUAAAUGACGAAAACAGCUGACAACCGAGUUAAGAGAGCGUGACGCACCAGUCUAGGCGGCACUGUGUCGUACCGUCUCGUUUUCUGCGGACGUCGAACAACUCCUUAAGUAGGUCAGCCUAAAUAAAUUUAUAAGAACGUAGAUAAACGAGAAAAAUUCAAUAAAGCGUUGAGAAAAGUCGAAAAGAUUUGUGAAACAUUGGUUUGUAUUAGAAAAAUGUUUAAUGUGGUCUGCAAAUAAUGUCUGUUCUUAUUCAAUUCCUGAUUUUGAAAUGUCUGAAAUGUAAUGUUACUUCAAAAAGUUUAAGAAUAUUUUUUAUGUAUACGUGAUUUGAUCGACUUUUUUUCUUACGUAAUAUUUAUAUUGUAUCGCAGCUACUCAUUCCUGCAGCUAAUCAUUCCUGUUUUUUUAUGUAUUUUUCUUUUCUCAAUCAAUUCCUUUUUUCUCUCACAAUAUGAAUGUAAUUUUAUUCACUGCAAUCUAUGAUUAUUUGAUUUGUGAUUCAGUGCUGAUCCUGAAUUUCAUAUUAGUUUUGGGUUAGGUACUCUACAACAACAACAACAAGCUUCUUCAGUUCAAAUUCCAUGUGAAUUUUGUGAAAUUUUAUGUGAUCUGCAACAUUUACAAAUACAUCAGGAAAGUUGCCCCAGACGCCCACAAAGGAAUAUUUAUAGACCAACCAGCCAUGAAUACAGUCGAACAACAGCUGUCACUCCCAUAACACCAAGUCCAAGACGAGGGUAUCCGCCAUCUCAACAAUCGGAUUAUCGUCAGUGGAAACCGUAUCAACUAGGUUAUUCCUCGGAUGUUUAUCGAGGGGCAGCACCUUCAAAUUACCAACAAACAUCGUAUGGAGUUCCAUUACAUCAACAGCCAGCUGGAGCCGGACCAGGAGGACAUCCAGGAGGUGCCUUUCCAUCUCAACAGCAGCAGAGUUCGGCUUUGUAUCAACAAGGGCCUCGUCCAUCGUCUGGAGUUGUCAGUGGUAACGACUCACGUGAGCAACGAAUAAAUCAGAUUGUACAAAAAUAUGAAAUCAAUCCUUCGUUGAAAAGUCGCCUUCGAAUUUUAGAAAAUUUUGAAAUCGUUUUGUUAUGUGACGAUAGUGGCUCCAUGAACACACCAUCAGAAAUCGGUUCGCAAACGCGUUGGGACGAAAUGAAACAAAUUGUUAACAUUAUUCUUGACAUUUGUAUUAUAUAUGAUUCAAACGGCAUGGAUGUCUAUUUCCUCAAUCGUCGUCCCGUUCAAAAUGUUACACACAUAUCUCAGUUGAACGAAUGCUUUAGUACCCUACCGCAAGGUAUGACACCCAUUGCGCCCGCACUCCGAAAUAUUUUACGAACAAAAGGUAGUCAAGCACAUGCAGGAAAAAAACUAUUGAUUUUCAUUGCAACAGAUGGAGCUCCUACCAACGACCAGGGACAAGUCGAUAUUCAAUCUCUAGAAUACGUAAUUCGUAAGGAACGUAAUCCUCAAACCACGUAUAUCUCGUUCUUGGCGUGUACGGACGACAAUGAUUCAGUUGCUUAUUUAUCGACUUGGGAUAAGCAAAUGCAAAAUGUCGAUGUUAUUGACGAUUAUCAAACGGAAAAACAAGAAGUACAGCGUCAGCGCGGCUAUCAGUUUCCGUUUUCCUAUGGUGACUACAUUGUCAAAGCUCUAUUAGGAGCGAUUGACCCAUAUUUUGAUGCAUUAGAUGAAAGAUCAUCUUAA